AUGGGUUCGUCGCUGGACAUGACCCUCAUCAUCCCCGCUCUCAUUUCCCUCGCCAUAUACCUCCUCUUCAGCUACCUCAUCAUACCCUUCUUCCGCCGCUACCGGCAACGCUAUUCGCAAUACCUGCCACUAAGCCGUAUAUCAGCGCACACUUUACCGCUCCGCGAGCGCAUCGGCGAUGCACUAAUGCACUUCUUCCUGCCAUCGACAUGGCGCCUACGACGACACCAAGUAGUUGUUGGUACGGAGGGUGAUGAAUCCCCCGAUGGUAAUAGUCGUCAUCGCCGCGACAAUUCCGACUCUAUAAGCAUUUUUGACGAAGAAGGCGAGAAUAUGGCGGAUAUGAAUUAUAUGUCGGAGGCGAGGAGGGAGGCACUGGAGGCGAGGCGGAGUACGAGUGAUGCGCAAGUGAGGCUGGGUAGGGAUCUGGAAGAGGGGUUUAUGGAUGAUAGUGAUGAGGAGGAGGAGGAGGAAGCGGUGGUGGAUCAUGGUGGGCGUGGACGAUGA